UGGUUGCAGGAUUGUGUUGAUAACCACGAAAACUGCCGGACGCCGUCUUUCAUGCCCAAGCGACUGAUCGAUGUGGGGGGUGACAGUCACCAAGAUCUAUGUCUCCGGGAGGAUAUGCACCAGGAAACUCCUUAUAUUGCAGUGAGUCAUAGCUGGAAGUUCUCAGAAGCUCGGAAAUUCAUGACUUUGAAGGAUAACUACGAGUCUCGAAAACAGUAUAUACCAUGGCAGGGACUUUCGAAAACUUUUCGUGAUGUAAUCGAUAUCUGCCGCUGGCCGGGGGUAAGGCAUGUGUGGAUCGAUACCUUCUGUAUAAUCCAGGAUAAUGCCGAAGACUGGGCCGAUCAAGCCUCCCAGAUGGGAUGCAUAUAUGAAGGCGCAUACAUCACCAUUGCUGUUGACUACGACCCUGAC